CUUGGUUAGGGCACCUCGCGCGGUUCACGCACGGCGGCUAUAUAUUGGGCUCCAUCUGCAGCUCGCCCGACUGGGGAAUAACGGCUUUCAUUGAGUAGUACUUUUCGGUGCGUGGUUAAAGGAUGAGGACAUCUCUGCUGGACGUCAACCCCAGGUUGAAAGCCAUCGGAGAGUCGCCAUGCAAUGCGCUGAGGGCACGCGCACUACAUAUCACCCAAGAGCUCGCACAGGGGGUCCCGAAGACCUUCUCCCGUGUGGUCGACUUGUGCUCAUUUGAUCCACAGCGGGAAGGGGUCCCACCCAUUACUUUCCUGCAACAGGUACUGGCAGUGUGUCUCUACCCUGAGCUCCUCAGUGAUGAGAACUUUGCGCUAGAUGUUCGCCAGAGAGCUCGGAGGCUCAUACAGAGCUGUGAAGGAUCCAGCGUGGGUUGCUACACUCCUUCAUCGGGCCUAGUUUACAUCCAGCACAGAAUCGCCGAGUUCAUCACUAGAAGAGACGCCGGCGUGCCCACAGACGCCCACAGCAUCUUCAUCUGCUCCGGGUUUUGGAGAACUCUGACGAUGAUGACGAAGUUGCUCAGUAGUUCGGAGGGGGAGCCCCAGAACGGGGUGUUGGUCCCCCUGCCUUACCCCCACACCCUGGCCAUGGUGUUGGGCUUGGCUGGGAUCAGAUCCGUGCCCUACCGCCUACGAGAAGACGCCGGCUGGGCUAUGGAUCUGGAAGAGCUGCAACGCGCCAUUCGCACCGCUAGGGGGUGCUGCAGGCCAAUGGCAAUAUUCAUCAGUAACCCAGGAAACCCCACAGGCCAUGUGCAGAACAGAAAGUCUAUCGAAGAAGUGAUCAAAUUGGCUGCAGCUGAGAAACUCUUCCUAUUGGUUAAUGAGGUGGAUCAGCACAGUGUGCAUGGAUCAGGGAUCCAGUGGGUUUCCUAUAAGAAGGUUCUGUUUGAUAUGGGGCCGAAGUACUGGGACAGUGUGCAGAUGGCAUCCUUCCACUCCUUAUCCAAUGGCCUCAUGGGAGAAUGUGGCCUGAGGGCUGGAUACAUGGAGCUGGUGAACGUGGACAAGGAAGUGAUGAUCUUUGCUGAGACUUUAUUGAAUAUGGACAUCAGCAGCCCAGUCCCAGGCCAGCUUGCUCUGGACAUCCUGCUCAACCCACCCCAGCCCUCUGAGCCAUCCUACGACUUGUACACUCAGGUAGUGGAGCAGUCGGGGAGGGGCGAGUCUCUGAUGCACUGA